UCCCAGACCAGCAUGCGGACUUUGUUUAUAACGUGAGGAAGGGGGACAAUGUGGAGACAUCUCACCUCACUUCGCUUUUUCAAGGCUUGCAGCAGUCCGUUUCUCUCGCUCUGUAUCAUUAGGCUGCCUGCGGUAAAUUAGGAGUGGAAUAACUCAUCUUCAGGAAUCACUAUCAACGAAAGAGUGUCUGAUUUGGGGACUGUGAAAAGACCCCUGGUGGCAUGUAUGGUGGGCUUGCCAACGUUAGAAACUGCUGAGACGAUCCACAGACAGAUCCACAGGGUGAUGUGACAGCGACGACCACCUGUUCUCACUAAUAACGAUGAAGAUGAGGAUCCUGGGGCCAGAGAGGUUCUGUGUUCUGCUGGGUGUGUCCCUCCAACUGCUGCUGCUGCUACCAGACACCUCCUCUACCGCUGCAACCUGGAGCCAGAGUGGACCCCGCCUGCAGCUCUCACACACAGAGUUGCAUUGGAGGAACAGUUCCAGUGUGUUCUGGGACCGGGGUGUGAGUGGGGGUUACCAGGCCCUGCUGCUGGAUGAGGACCGUGGCUGGCUGCUGGUGGGAGGAAGAGACCACGUCUACCUGCUGCACUCUAACAGUCUGGAUCUUCCUACACGAACGAUCUACUGGCCAGCUGCGACAGAACACGUUGAGCACUGCAGGCUGGCAGGGAAGAACCUUUCGACUGACUGUGCCAACUACGUGCGUCUCCUCCAGCCCUUCAAUAAGACUCAUGUGUACGUCUGUGGCACCGGGGCCUACCACCCACAAUGCACCUACAUAGACCUGGGACGCAGUAUUGAGGAGCCAUCGUUCCGCCUGCUGAGCCAUGCUGUGGAGUCUGGACGGGGGAAAUGUCCCUUUAGUCCACGGGAGCCCUUCACCGCCAGGCUCACCGAUGGAGAUUUAUAUGCCGGGACAUCCGUGGAUUUCAUGGGCACCAACACAGCUGUAUUCCGUACCUCUGUGCACAGCAGCAAACAACACUACAUACGCACUGAGGCAUACCAGGACCACUGGCUCAAUGAGCCAGAGUUUGUGGGUUCCUUCUCUAUCCCAGACACACACAGUGUGGACGAUGACAAAGUCUAUAUCUUCUUCAAGGAGACAGCUGUAGAGUCCAGCCAGUGGGACAAGAGGGUUUACAACAGAGUGGCACGCGUCUGCAAGAAUGACGUCGGAGGGAAGAGGAGUCUGAUUAACCGUUGGAGUACGUUCCUCAAGGCCCGUCUGGUGUGUUCUGUACCAGGACCAGCUGGACUGGACACACAAUUUGACGAGCUAGAGGACGUCUUCAUGCUGGAGACCAAAGACUCCCAGAACCCCAUCAUCUAUGGAGUGUUCUCCACCUCCAGUUCUGUAUUCAGAGGGUCAGCAGUGUGUGUCUACUCCAUGGCCUCUAUCAGGGCAGCCUUCAACGGUCCAUUCGCCCACAAGGAAGGGCCCGACUACCGCUGGGUGGAGUACAAGGGGAGGAUCCCAUAUCCACGACCUGGCACUUGUCCCAGUGUGACCUACGACCCCCUCCACAAGUCUACCCGUGACUUCCCUGAUGACGUAGUGAGUUUCAUGAGGGGUCAUCAUCUGAUGUGGGAACCCAUCCUACCGGUCACCCGCCGCCCGGUCUUUACCCUGGUCAACGUAUCCUACACCCUGAGAAAGUUAGUGGUGGAUAGGGUGGACGCUGCGGAUGGACAGUAUGAUGUACUACACCUGGGCACAGAUGAUGGCCAGGUGCUGAAAGUGGUGUCUAUUCCUAAAGAGAACAGGGAACCUGAGGAGAUCAUUCUGGAGCAGCUGACUGUGUUUCAGAAUCACGCCCCUAUCCUUAGCAUGGAGCUGUCUACCAAACGGCAACAGGUGUACGUAAGCAGUGAUGAGGGAGUGGCCCAGUUACCCCUGCAGAGGUGUGAGCUGUACGGUAAAGACUGUGCUGACUGCUGUCUGGCCAGAGACCCUUACUGUGUCUGGGACGGGAACACAUGCAACCGAUACUUUCCCAGCAACAAGAGGCGAGCUCGGCGCCAGGAUGUGAAACAUGGGGAUUCAAUGAGCCAGUGUCACAAUGCAGAAGAUGGUUCUGAGUCAGUGGAGCUGAAAGUGAUCUAUGGGGUGCAGAGCAGCUCAACCUUCCUAGAGUGUAUGCCCAGAUCCCAACAGGCUACAGUCAAGUGGACAGUUCAGCCGUCACACACUCGCACUAGCAGAGAGCUGCUCCAGAGCGAGGAUCGUAUAGUCCACAUGAAGCAGGGUCUCCUGGUGCAGCGGCUGGAGCCAGGGGACGCUGGCCUCUACAGCUGUACCACCCUGGAGCACUCCUUCUCCCAGGUUCAGGCCCGCUACGACCUCCAGGUUAUACCCCAGCAGAGCAUGACAGCAUCCCAGGCCAGGGCAUCUGAUCCUGGGGCCGGAGGGGCAGGGCUGAGGGGGAGCCCUGGAGGUCCUGGGAGCCACACCCAGAGACACACCAAGCUCCUCAGGAACUAUAAGGACCUGCACAUGGUGGGCAUGGCUAGCAUGAGCGCAACCGAGUACUGUGAGCAGCUGUGGUACAGAGAGAAGAAGAAGCUACGCCAGUUGAAAUGGAAACAGACCCAGGUGGACAACGGCAAGGCCAGGGUGCGACGGCACGACUCCACCCCACUACAAUGACCAGCUGGGGAUGGGGAUGGACAGAGAUGUGGGCUGUGUCACAGUUCUCCGCGGUUUCUCCUGAUAUGUGCGCUUUCAAGCAUGGAUAUAACAAUGGUAUAAAAACUCCAUCCAGCCAAUGCUUACACCGAGCCUAUGCCUUGAAAUCCGUGACAGGUAGUGUGCAAGUGCACACUUCAUGUACAAGGGUGGAGAAAGUAGCCUUGGAGAUAAAGAGGAUGAAUGAACACACAGUAAUACAGCCUUUAUUUGAAUAGACAAAACAUUAAGAACACCUUCCUAAUAUUGAGUUGUACCCCCCCCCCCCCCCCCCCCACCCUCUUUUCCCUCGGAACAGACUCAAUUUGUCGGGGACAUGGACUCUACAAGGUGUCGAAAGCAUUCCACAGGGAUGCUGGCCCGUGUUGACUCUAAUGCUUCCCACAGUGUGUGAGGUGGACCAUUUUUGAAACACGUGGGAAACUGUUGAGCGUGGAAAAAAACCCAGCAGCGAUGCAGUUCUUGACGUACUCAAACCUGUGCGCCCGGCACCUACUACCACACCCCGUUCAAAGGCACUUAAAUCUUUUGUCUUCCCCCUUCACCCUCUGAAUGGCACACAUACAGAACUGAUCAAACGGUUUAGAACACCGACUCAUUCAAGGGUUUUUCUUUAUUUUUACUAUUUUCUACAUUGUACAAUAAUAGUGAAGACAUCAAAACUAUGAAAUAACACACACACAUA